AACCAGAAGGAAAAAGAAAAAGAGAUACAGAAAGCAGAGUUCAGAAGAAAAAAAAAAGCUCUGUAUAUUAUUCUCGCAGCCAUAUGGAGUUUCCUUCAGGAAGAUCUGACCAUGACAGUAGAGCCAAGGAAGAGAAGAGGAGUGAAUCUGUUGGUGCUGGUGAUGAAGAUCCUCGAAAAGAAAAGAUUGAUAUUGAGGCGCCACCAGUGGAUACUUCUGCACCAAUAAUUGUAUCUUCAGCCAAAAAGGAAGAGCAGGCUGAGAAGCUAGAAUCUGCGAAAACGGAAAUGGGUGAGGUGAGAGAAGAAAACCAAAGAUUGAAGCAGUGUUUGGAUCGAGUUCUGAAGGAUUACAGAACACUGCAAAUGCAAUUCAAAGAUAUAUUUCAAAAGGAAACCAAAGAAUCAACUUCUGAUCAUGAUCAUAGUGAUGGUCGAGAAAUUAUUAUAACUGAGGAAUAUUCUGAUGAGCUAGUUUCUCUGAGCCUUGGAAGAGCUAUUCCCAGUAAUAAUGAUAAUCCAAUUAGAAACCAUGAGAAAAGCAAAGGUUUGAAGCCAUUAUUAUUGAAGGAUAUUGAAGAAUGCGAUGAAGAGGACUUGGCUCUUGGAUUGGACUGCAAAUUCGAAACAUCAAAGUCAGGAAGCAUAACUCAUGAUGAGGAUGAGGAUAAUAAUAAUAAUUCGCCAAAGAUUAAUCCAAGCCAUACCACUAGUUCUGAAGAGCCGCCCAAGGAAGAGGAGACCUGGCCACCAAGUAAAGCACUCAAAACAACCAGAGAUACUACUACUUCUGGAGAAGACGAAGUUUCCCAACACAAUCCUGCAAAGAAAGCUAGGGUUUGUGUGAGAGCAAGAUGUGACGCCCAAACUAUGAACGAUGGAUGUCAAUGGAGAAAAUAUGGACAAAAAAUCUCAAAGGGAAAUCCAUGCCCUAGAGCUUAUUAUCGUUGCACAGUUGCACCAUCAUGCCCAGUAAAAAAGCAGGUGCAAAGAUGUGCUGAGGAUUUGUCCGUUUUAGUUACCACUUAUGAGGGAAUCCACAACCACCCUCUUCCUCUCUCAGCCACCGCCAUGGCUUCCACUACUUCUGCAGCUGUUUCCAUGCUUUUGUCUGGCUCUUCUUCAUCAACUUCUUCAGCUCGCCCUUCAUCCGCCACUUCAGCUGAUCUCUAUGGCCUGAACUUCUCCUUGUCAGAUGGUUUCAGCAGAUCAAAGCCAUUAUAUCUCUCCAAUCCUUCAUUCUCUUCAUUGCCUUCUCACCCAACAAUCACUCUUGACCUCACCACAAAUCCUGCAGCCUCCAGGUUCAUGACCUCAUCAUCAUCAAACUACAACCCAGCUCCACGAUCGUCGUCGUCGUCGUCGUACCCUUCUUCUUCCACAAGUCUCAAUUUUAGUUCCCCAAAUAAUAAUAAUAAUUUUGUUAGCUAUCACAGUAAUAAUAACAGGAACGUUUUCAGCUCCGUGAACCUUGGAAGGUCGACAGUGGAUAGUAUCUACAGUCUGCCUUUCGUGCAGAAGAACAGUGUUAUCAACAGCACAACCCAUCCUCCACCACCUGCUCUACCAGAUACUAUCGCCGCGGCAACCAAGGCCAUCGCGGCGGACCCAAAGUUUCAGUCUGCUUUGGCAGUGGCGCUCAGUUCAAUUAUUGGCACAGGAAGUGGAAUUAGAAGCAACAAUAGUGGCGGUGCCGGAGAAAACUUGACUCAGCAAAUGAAAUGGGGAGGGCUGUUUCCAGCAUUAUGAGCGCUCAUAAUUUCGAUUUAGAGUCAUAUAUCAUGAAUCUUGAUGAAUAUACAUACAACAAGCACAAUUGUUUUAGACUAUUUUUAAUUUUUUUUUUAGUCUUUGUAUUUUUAUUUUUAUUUUUUGUUAGUGUCGUAUUGUUGAGACUCGAGACCAUGUCAUGUAUCUUCAUAUUCAUGUUAAUAUUCAUCUUAGAGAACAACGCGAUUAAUCA